UUUAAGAAGGCACCUCAAUGAGCAUGUCUCACACAAGACCACCGGGUCCAGAGACAGGCCAGGGCCUCCUUCGCCAGCCUCCUUGCCAGCCUCCUGCCCAUCAUGAAGCUCGCUGUCAUCCUUGCCCUGGUCACCCUGGCUCUCUACUGCAGCCCUGCUUCUGCAGAGAUCUGCCAGAACUUUCUAAAUGUCAUCAAAGCCCUCUUCCUGGACACGCCUUCCAGUUACCAGGCUGCACUUGAAUUUUUCAACCCAGACGCAGACAUGAAAGAUGCAAUGAUCCAGCUGAAGAGUCUGGUGGACACCCUCCCCUCAAACACCACCGAGAACAUCCUAAAGUUCACGGAGGCAGUCAUAAAAAGCCCAGAGUGUGCUUAGGGUUUAGAAGCUGAAGAUCUCCAACUGCUGAAGCUCCUGCUGCUCCCCAGAUGCUUCUUCCACUCUGUCCCCAGCCUGGCUCCCCUCAAUAAAGCAUAAGCAUCUCACA